GCGGGCGGAAGCGGGGCCCGGCCGGGUGCGAGGCGGCGGCGAUGGGCGAUCACUUGUUGUGAACUGGCAGUGUGGAAAAAGCUGAAUGAAUGGAACAGUCAGGGCAGAAAAGGGAAGUUUGCCUUUCAUGCUCCCCGCUGGCCACAGGACACAAACAGCACGGUGCCUCUGAAGAGACCUGGAAUCAUCGGAGCUGUGUGUUCUGAGGGACUCUGAGCAUCUCUGAAGCAAGGGCGCCAUGAUGGAUAACCGGUUUGCUACAGCACUGGUGAUCGCCUGCGUGCUCAGCCUCAUCUCCACCAUCUACAUGGCAGCCUCCAUUGGCACCGACUUCUGGUACGAGUACCACACCCUGUCCCCAGCCGAGAACGUUAGUGAAGCCGGUAGAAUCAUCUGGGAGGAGUUUGUCAGCAAAGAUGCGGAUGAGAAGACGUACACAGAUGCGCUCUUCCGGUGCAACGGCACGGUUGGAUUGUGGCGGAGGUGCAUCACUGUACCCAAAAACUCUCACUGGUACAGCCCACCAGAAACUGAUAUGACUACAAACUGCAUCAGUUUCUCCCUCUCUGAUCAGUUUGUAGAAAAGUACAUAGAGCCUGGAAAUCACAACAGUGGCACGGAUUUGAAUCGGACUUAUCUGUGGCGAUUGCAGUUUCUCCUGCCCUUUGUCAGCAUUGGCCUCAUGUGCUUUGGGGCUCUGAUUGGGCUCUGUGCUUGUGCCUGUCGCAGCCUUUACCCAGCCAUUGCCACCGGAGUCCUGCAUUUCCUAGCAGGGCUGUGCACGCUGGGCCUCGUUGGCUGCUAUGUAGCUGGGAUUGAGCUGCUCCAUAGGAAGCUGCCUCUGCCGGAGGAUGUGAGGGGUGAAUUCGGCUGGUCCUUCUGCCUCGCCUGUGUGUCAGCACCUUUGCAGUUCAUGGCAGCUGCUCUUUUCAUCUGGGCAGCUCGCACCAACAGGAAGGAAUUCACCCUCCUGAAAGCCUACCGUGUGGCAUAACUGCUGCUACUGCACUCUGGGCUUUCCAUGUUAGAGCCUCUUGUCCACCAGCCCUUACUACUUUUUUCUUUUAGUCAGAGUUUUAUCAUGUACUGCAUGCUUCUUGCCAGUCAAGACAAUUUAGCCUGCAGGCCCUGAAGACAAAGACCUCUGGGCUAAAUGACCAAAGCCUGCCAGAAGUCUGCAGAACUUGAACAGGUUUUUUAAUUGGGUUUUUUUAAGAAUUGUUAUUAUUUUUUAAGCUACGUUUGGUUGUUGACAGUUCCCCUUAGUUAGGUGUACAUGCCUCUUCCUAAUUUUAUUACCCUGUCAGCCUGGAGGAAAUAGAAGUGGGGUGGAAGAGAGACAAGAAGAGGUGCAGGUACGCAGGAAUAGGAACCUCAGUGCACAAAUAAUACCUAAUCAAGAGCUGUCUGCUGUGUGACUGAAGCAGGCAGUACCUACAGGGAGCACCCAAGAGAGAUGGGGGAGUUCAGAAACCUCUGUUCUGGAAACACGUUAGCUAAAUCAGUCUGUAGCUCAGCUCUGGGUGUCCUAUCCUCACUAGUUUGCUGUGUUUUGUGGUUUUUCUACCCAAAACUGCUGGAGGCAGAGAAGGCCCCUGUGGCAGUGCCUGUAAGCACACUCUCCUGAAGGGACACUGCAUUUGCUUCUGCCAAGGAGUGGGAUAAGAUGGCCGUCGUGGAGCUCUGUCCUGCUGUAGCUCCACUGCUUCCAGGACCCAGGCUAGUUUGGUAUCUGCACUACAUGUGAUUGUGCACUCUAAUCUUAAUUUGUGGUGCUUUUGCUUGAUGUGGAAUAAGGCUUUCUUUUCUCUUGUUGAAAAUGACCUCCUCACAAGUUUUUUGGUUUUAAUUUGGUUCAGUGUAUGUGUGUAUAUAUACAUAUAUAAACUUAACUUUUUUUAAACCUCACUUGUUUUACUUGUGUAUCACACAAAAGGGUUUUUUUAAAUGGUGCUGCUCUUUUCCCGUCUUGUUUAAAUUAAAUAAUAAUAAUAGUAAUAAUAAAGACUCGGAAAUUUUCAGCAUUGCAUGAAUCUGAUGGCAGGGUGAGGGAAUUAUCUAGAGUGGAUUUUACUUGGGGAAAGAAUAACCAGUGUCUAGAUCACUCUGUUUUCAUGGAAAUGUCACCAGAAACAAUGACCUUAGAUUGGAUUUUUUAAACUAAAUUCUUGAGCUCCUGCUAAUUUUAAA